AUGUUAAGAUAUUUACGACCAGCACAUGGUACAGAGACAAUCGCCCAAGCUCAAGCUGACGGCACGUAUAAACUUUCUGGGUAUAAAUGGUUUUCAUCAGCCACAGAUGCAGACAUGACUCUAACCUUGGCAAGAAUAUGUGAUGCUCAUGGUAACACUGUACCAGUAAGUGCUACUAUAUAUUUUGUGUGACUUAGAUCGAGAUUGAAACAAAAUUUGAUGUGGUUUAAAUUCACCAUAAUAAGUACUUUUUUUAUUGAGUGAAAUAACUUCUUGGCUUCAUUUAUUUGUGUACCAUAUUGUUUACGACCCAUUGAGUGGUGGUACAUUUUGUGGUGAUACAUUCAGUGGUAGCACUUGAGGAUCCCCUUGACAAGUAAAGUCAUCUGGCAUUAGACAGGGUAAAAUAGUGAAGGGUGCAUUGCCAUCGAUUUUUUUCAAGGGUUCAAAAGGUCUUUCGUUAUUUUAUCUUGAAACGAGAAAUAAAGAUGGUGGAUUAAAUGGAAUACAAAUUCAAAAACUCAAGAACAAAUUAGGAACCAGACAAUUGCCGACUGCAGAGUUAUUGUUGGACGGCACCACAGCGUAUAAGGUAUUUAUUCUCAUCAAGGAGGUAAUAAGUCUGUUAUAGCUAGUACAUGCAAUCAUACCCUAACAGUGUCUCGGUUAAAGUGUCAUUGAUUUUGUAAUUUGACUUAUUUUCACCAGGCAUUGUUUUUAAUAUUUAGAUAUCUGAUGAAGGAAAAGGUGUCUCCAGUAUUUCUCAGAUGUUGACAAUGACUAGAAUACAUAACAGUUUAUUCUCUGUUGCUCCCAUGAGAAGGUAUUAUUGUCAGGUCCAGAAUACGUAG